AUGGAUUUAUCUAUGGCUCACAUUGAAGAAGUACAAAAUGUCCUUAACGCUAUGCAGAAAAUCUUAGAGUGUCCUAUCUGUUUGGAGCUAAUCAAAGAGCCUGUUUCCACAAAAUGUGAUCACGUAUUUUGCAAAUUUUGUAUGCUGAAACUUCUCAACCAAAAGAAAGGGCCUUCACAAUGUCCUUUGUGUAAGAAUGAUAUAACCAAAAGAAGCCUACAAGAAAGCACAAGAUUUAGUCAACUUGUUGAAGAGUUAUUGAAAAUCAUUCAAGCUUUUGAACUUGACACAGGAUUACAGUUUGCAAACAGCUAUAACUUUUCAAAAAAGCAAACUAAGUCUCCUGAGCAUGUGAAAGAGGAGGUUUCUAUCAUCCAGAGUAUGGGCUACCGAAACCGUGUCAAAAGACUUCGACAAAGUGAACCUGAAAAGCCUACCUUGGAAACUGGUCUUGGUGUCCAGCUCUCUAAUUUUGGAACUGUGGCAUCUCUGAAGUCAAAGCAACAGCUGCAACUUCAAAAUAAGUCUGUAUACAUUAAAUUAGGAUCUGAUUCUUCUGAAGAAACAGUUAAUAAAGCAAGUCGUUGCAGUGUGGUAGACCAAGACUUGUUAGAAAUCACCCCUCAAGGAGCCAGGGAUGAAGCCAAUUUGGAUCCUACAAAAAAGGCUGCUUGUGAGUUUUCUGAGGACAUAACAAACGUUGGAUAUCGUCAGUCCAAUAAUAAAGAUUUGAAUACCAUUAAGAAGCAUACAACUGAGAGGCAUCCAGAAAAGUAUCAGGGUGAAGUAGCAUCUGAGUAUGAGAGUGAAGUUGGUUCAGAGCUGUCCUUUCAGAGCGAUAUUCUAACAACACAGCAGAGGGAUACCAUGCAAGAUAACCUGAUAAAACUCAAGCAGGAAAUGGCUGAACUGGAGGCUGUGUUAGAGCAGCAUGGGAGCCAGACUCCCCAUAGCUCCCCUUCUCGUACCCCUGCGGACCUGCUAAAUCUGCAACAGAACGCGUCAGAAAAAGGUGAUUCCUCCAUAUUAACUUCAGAGAAAAAUAAUGAUUGUCCUGUAGGUGAAAAUCCAGAAGAAUUUUCUUUUUUUUUUCCAGAAGACUUUUCUGCUGACAAGUUCCAAGGAUCUCCAGAUACUUCCAUCAGUAAAAAUAAAGAACACAAAAUAGAAAGGUCCUCUUCUAAAGUCCAGUUGUUGGACAGUAGGUGGGAUAUUCAUGGCCACUCACGGAGUCUUCAGAAUGAAAACUGCCUGUCUCAGGAGGAACUUGUUAAAGUGGUGGAUUUGGAGGAGCAACAACUGGCAAUGUCUGAAGCACGUGGUUUAAUGGAGCCGUCUUAUUUGUUAAGGCAGGAUCGAGAGGGAACCCCUUGCCUAGAAUCUGGAGUCAGCCUUUUCGAUGACCCUGAAUCUGAUCCCUCUGAAGACAGAGCCCCAGACCUGGCUCCUGUUUAUGAUGUGCCAGCUUCAUCCUCUCCAUUGACUUUACCUCAAUUUCAAGUUGCAGGGUCUGCCAAUAGUUCAUCUGAUGCUCAUAUUACUAAUACAACUGUGAAUGUUGUGAAAGAAAAAAGUUUGAGCAGGGAGAAGCCAGAAGUGGUAUCUUCCACAGAAAGCAUCAAUAAAAGAAUGUCAAUGGUGGCAUCAGGCUUGACUCAAAAAGAAUUGACGCUUGUGCAAAAGUUUGCCCAGAAAUACCACUGCGCUUUAAGUAAUCACAUUACUGACGAGACUACUCAUGUUAUUAUGAAAACAGAUACCGAGUUUGUGUGUGAACGGACACUGAAGUAUUUUUUGGGAAUUGCAGGAGGGAAGUGGGUAGUUAGCUAUUUUUGGGUGACUCAGUCUAUUACAGAAGGAAAGAUGCUGGAUGAGGGUGAUUUUGAAGUCAGAGGAGAUGUUAUCAAUGGAAGAGACCACCAAGGUCCAAAGCGCGCAAGAGAGUUCCAGGACAAAAAGAUUUUCACAGGACUAGAAAUCUGUUGCUAUGGACCCUUUACAAACAUGCCUACAGACCAGCUAGAGUGGAUGGUACAGCUGUGUGGAGCUUCUGUUGUGAAGGAGCCUUCAUUAUUCACCCUUGACAAGGAUUCUCACUGUAUUGUGGUCAUACAGCCAGACGCCUGGACAGAGGACUAUGGCUUUGAUGCUAUUGAGCAGCUGUGUAAAGCACCUGUCGUGACCCGGGAGUGGGUGUUGGACAGCGUAGCCCUCUACCAACUCCAGGAGCUUGAAACCUACCUGAUACAGGUCCCAGAAAGCCAACACUGA